AAGAAGGGAAUAUAAUUCCUGGUAGCGGGCCAAACUUUGUCUUGGAGGCAGAUGAAUAUGAUUGUUGCUUUCUUGGAUUGUCUCCUUCCGUAGCUGUGGUUACUAGUGUGGAGUGGGAUCAUGUUGACAUCUUUCACGACGAGGAAGCUGUCCUGGAUACCUUUAGGAAGUUUUUACAGAAAGUCAAGAUUGGCGGUCAUCUCAUAAUAUGUGGAGAUAGUGCAGGUGCAUAUUCUUUGGUGAGCAAAUCCAUUAAGGAGCGUGUGUCAGACUGCGAGAUGGUGCUCACAUCACUUGCAUCGAAACCUGGCUACAGUAUAACAACAUACGGAAUUUCUAGUAAAAACGAUUGGCAUGCAUCAUCAGUUACACCCAAUUCACAUGGGGGUCAAGAUUAUGUAUUGUAUCAUAAUAACUGUCCAAUUGGGAAUGUCAGCCUCGUGCUUCCGGGAGUUCAUAACGUUCUGAAUUCGCUGGCAGUUAUUGCAACAGUUGCAUUGUUGGUUUCUGACCAAAAGAAGUUGAAUGCUACUAUCAGCUCAGUAGCAUACCACUUAAGCACAUUUACAGAAGUUCGUGCUGCCCUCCAAGCUGCUAGGCAACUAUUUCCAUAUCAGGCAUUAUGGAUUGUUUUCCAACCACACACUUUCAGCCGUCUAGCUGCCUUGAUGAAAGAUUUCGCUACUGCCUUUGUUGAUGCGGACCAUUUGAUAAUAACUGAGGUCUAUGCUUCCAGGGAGAUGAAUGGGUGUAGUUGUGAUGGGAGAGAACUAGCAUCUUCGAUAAGAGGUCCAUCAUGCGAAUAUAUUCCUAAAAUGGAGGAUGUGAUUGAGAAGUUGGUCUAUGAGAUUUCAUCUGAUAUAAAUCAAGAAAUAGUUGUCCUCACACUCGGUGCAGGUGAUAUAACAACUCUAGGUCCAGAAUUACUCAAACGGUUGCGAGAAAAGUUGUGAAAUGUCUGGGGUAAUCACGGUGUGGGUUAUGUACUCAGUUUUGUCCUCUUGCUAUCGAGUUACUAACCACACAAAGACCUGACCUUACAUAAACUAGGAGGCUGGACCGAUUUGACAAUAUUUGGAGUUCCUUUUUGGUUAAAGAAAAUUGUUGCAGACUUUUGGGGAUACACUAAUUGCAAAAGGAGUUACCCUGAGGGAAAAUUGAAAUGAUUCCGUCUUAGAAGAAAAUGCUUGCAAGUUUGCGGUACUCACUUACAUCCUGAAUGUACCAAGGUAUCUCUUUGUAUUCAGUAUUUAUAUUGCAAGACUUUUGCUGUUAUAUUUUCAAUGCACAGGUUGCAUACUCCUCUGGAGAAUGCUUAACGGCUGUUUAUUGUUAACAAUGAUGAUUUACCUUAAAUAAUCGGCCAUCUUUUCUUUUACA